AUGCCUUCGAAUGAAAGACAAUUCCGAAUCCGCUUUGUCUACGAAGAAGGAAGCUAUAAUACAUCUACCUCCAAGAGCUUCCGCCCAGACUUUGCCUGGAAGAUUAGAGUAGCCCCAUAUUUAAUUAAGCAGACCGGCAAAACAGCCGUAGCCACAGAUACGAUUCUCAAUCAGCAAGGGCAAAAUGUAAUAUGUGUUUAUGUAGCUAUUGGGCAAAAAGCAUCUUCUGUCGCGCAGGUAGUAACUAAUUUACAGGAAAAGGGGGCCAUGGAAUACACUAUUGUGGUAGCCGAAACGGCAGCUUCCCCUGCUACAUUACGGCAAAGAUUUACCUACGCGGAAAGGAUGAUUCAUUCGGAUCAACAUGAGAGUCUAGCUGUGAGAAGCAAUAAGAACGAGAACGAGGAGUUGAGAACAAAGAAUAGGUCUCUCGAACUUCGAAGUGUUCGAGACAAGGGAUCAAAUCUAGGGCGUAUUGUAUGUGCCAAUUGCCAUUUAGCGAGUAAGCCCGUAGAUAUUGAGGUUCCGCAAGCAGUACUUCCCGAUACUGUAUUUGAAGCAGUUGUUCGAAUUCCUUAUGAUAAACAAGUGAAACAAGUUCUUGCCAAUGUGAUUUCAAAUCCAGAGGUUAAUCGUACUCUGACGGAGACUACGGCUCCUUGCCUGCGGUGUAUUCAAUACGUAGUCAUAUCGAUAGAAAGCAAUUACUAUCAAUGUAUAGUAGUAUAG